AUGAGGGCUUCUUCAGGGUGGUUCUUCCGCUGGCUGGCAUUGUGUGUGUGCUGUUUCGCGGCUUCUUCUGCGGCCUUCUCCCUCAGGAAUCCCCCCUCUCUACCUCCAGGCGCCGCUGCCUUCGCGAAUCCAGCGCCAGACCGAGUAACACCGCCGGCAGGAGGACCGCUGUCUGCUCAAGUGCCUUCCUCCGCCCCUUUGUCAAGCGCUUCAGCAGCAGCAGCAAUACCGCCAUCAGCCGCCGCGGAGGUCCCGUACACCGGCGCCCAGUCCGUCUCGUCCCUAACGCAGAGCGUUGCACUGCCAGUCUUCACAGCAGAGCAAAUCAAGCAGAUUCUUCCGCACCGCUUUCCCUUUCUGCUGGUAGAUAAGGUGCUGCAGUUCGAGGCAGGGAAGCGCGCAGUCGGAGUCAAGCAAGUAUCCAACAAUGAGGACCCAUUCAACGGCCAUUUCCCUGAAAGAGCAGUGAUGCCAGGGGUUUUGCAAGUUGAGGCACUCGCUCAGCUGGCGGGAAUCGUGGCGCUCCAGCCGCCCCUUUCCGACGGAAAGGGGCUCUUCUUUUUUGCAGGAGCAAACGGCAUCAAAUGGAAAAAGCCCGUCCUUCCAGGUGACACCCUGGUAAUGGAAGCGGAGCUGCUAACGUGGAAGGAAAAGUUCGGCAUUGCAAAGUUUGCAGGUCGGGGUUUCGUGGAUGGACAGCUGGCAGUCGAAGUCGCAGAGAUGACUUUCGCGUUUGGGAAGUAA